CCUGACAUACUUAGUCGCUGGCAUUUCAGCAACAUGGAGCUUCGUAGCAUUCUCACCUUUGCCAUAAUUUUAUAUUUUGAAUGGGGUAUCGUAGAAUCACGCAUCCCUUGUGAACCUUGCUGUAAAAUAACUUGCAAACCAGCUGUGUGCACUGAAGGUCAAGUUUUAAAACCGAAAGCUUAUUGUAAUUGUUGUGACCUUUGUUUUACUGAAUUGGGUGAAGGAGAACGUUGUACUCCCAUAUUUAUUGGUGGAUCAGUACCUUUUACUUAUGAAUGUGAAAAAGGCCUUCAUUGCAAAAUAGUUAAUGUGACAGAUAAUCUGGGAAUUUGUUUGAAGUGAUAUUGUAUACACACAUUUUCUGUAUUGAAGUUUAUGGAAAAUUCGGCGGAUAAAAAAUAUAUCUA